AGUGGUACCGGAAGCAGGUAAUCGUGAGCAGAGCGGAGUCCGGUUGAAGACGGUUGUGUGGGACAUUGUUGAAAACCGUUUUUUCGGCCGUGUGUCCUGCUCUUUCCGUUACGUGGUUCAUCAGCUACAACCGGAGAGAACCAGCAGAGCCCGUAUAUAUGGAUACACUUAUUUGAGUGAACUUUGUGCGAAUGUAUAAGACGUUUCCUCUCAGACUCAUCUAAAUUAGCUAAGAAUGCUAAAAUAAGUUAGCAUAGCUUGCUAGCUGUAGAUAGGAGACAGACAACACAGCUCGGAGAGACUAUUCGAUAGAAACCACGCUGUGUUUUUCAUAGACCAACAAAGUCCAGAUAAACCUGACUGAAUGGACUCUGUGCUGGUCCCUUUACUUGAAAACGUCUGGAUUGUCUCCUGGUGUUUUUACGAAGCUAAUGAAGUUAGCUAGCUAGCUGGAGACGGACGUGAACGUAACCUAGCAACACAGUACGUGUCAGAUUGAGUGACAGUUUUGAACGAAGUGUGUCUGGAGGAGAAGUUGCUGUGAUUUAGUAAAAAUGUCUAAAACUCAGAUGCUGAGAGAUUUUGUCAACCAGCGACUAACUGCGGCUGCUGGUGAGAUAUUUGAGCUGUUUGAAAGAACGAUAACAGAGUACGAGGAGGAGCUGGAGUUCAGCUCAAAAGAGAUUCACCGACAACGGAAACUACUGGACACUGUUUUCCACCCGGAAGUCCGGUUACACAGAGCAGAUGUCCAGCAGCAGGAGUGGAGCCCCAGUCUGGACCAGGAGGACCCCGAGCCCCCACACAUUAAAGAGGAACAGGAGGAACUCUGGAGCAGUCAGGAGCAGCUUCAAGGGCUGGAGGAGGCUGAAUACAACUUCCCAUUCGAUCCUGUCCCUGUGAAGAGUGAAGAAGAUGAUGAAGGGAAAGCUCAGUCCUCACAGCUUUAUGAAAGCCAAACUGAGGAGAACAGAGAUGCAGAGAGAACUGAAAGUGAUGAAGAGGACUGCAGAGGAUCAGAUCCGUAUAGUCCUUUACAACCAGCUACACGUGUCAAGACUUCUCACUCCCCUGACCCUGACACUGAUGACAGUCGAUAUUGGGAGGAGAGUAAUGAGCCUCUGUCAGGUUUAAACCCUCUGCAAAACCAUGAAGAAUGUAAUACUGGAAAGACUAGCUCCUCUGAAUGUGCCAGAAGCUUUGGCCGCAUGGGACAGAAACGCACUGGAAUCCAAACAGGAGUUAAACCCUUUACUUGCUCAGGUUGUAGUAAAAGAUUCUCGAGGAAGAACUCCUUAACGCGACACAUGAGACUUCACUCAGAUGGAAAACGGUUCAGCUGCUCAAUAUGUAAAAUAAGUUUGGGUUCCUGUAGCAAUUUGGUUCAACACAUGAGAAUACAUACUGGGGAGAAACCAUUUACCUGUUCAGUUUGUGGUCAAAGAUUUUCCCGGAAGUCCUCCUUAGUGGCUCAUAUGAGACUUCAUUCAGUUGGAAAACGUUUUAUCUGCUCAGUUUGUCAAACAAGUUUUGCUACCAGAAGUAAUUUGGAUAUACACAUGAGAAUCCACACAGGGGAGAAACCAUUUAGUUGUUCAGUUUGUAGUAAAAGAUUUGCAAUACACGGAAAUCUAAGACGACACUUUACCGUCCACACAGGGGAGAAACCAUUCAGUUGUUCGGUCUGCAGUAAAAGAUUCACACAAAAGGGACAUCUGAGACAACACUUGACUGUCCACACGGGGGAGAAACCAUUUAGUUGUUCAGUUUGCAGUAAAAGAUUUGCACGCCAUAGUAAUCUGGCACGACACUUGACUGUCCACACACACAUGGGAGAAACCAUUUAGUCAUUCAGUUUGUGAUGAAAGAUUCACUCGGCUCCGUAGUGUCAGAAUAUACAAGUGUGUUGGUGAGAGCAGCAGAAAGAAGGUCGUCGUAGAGAAGAUGCUUUCUGAAACAUCGUCUCCCUGAAGGGUUGAAGUUAUGAGCUAAAAACUGUCAGACUAUAGGAACUGCAAAAUAAAUGUUUUCAGCUAAAAUGAAAGUUACACAAACAUUUAAAUUCUAUUUUAACUUUUUAUUCUGGUCACUGUACUUUUUGGUAUUACAUGUAUUCAUUGAAUAAAAUCGUUUUGAAUUGUCUAAGUAUUGUAUGUUAAUGUUGAAUUGUGUAAUUCAAUAAAUAAAUAGUCUGCAUCAGGCUUCACCAUGUGGCAAAACACCGUCCAGACCCGACGGAGCGACGGUCAAUUUAGUCCUGUGACAAAUCAAUAAUAAACUUCACGGGGUGAUUGUGGUUUUUUAUUGACGAUGGCGUCUAAAGACCGGGCUCAGUUUGUACCUUC